AUGUAUGGAAUUCAAGGGGGAUCAAUUCCAUCCCGAUUUAUCUCAUAGUACCUUAUAGAAUUCUCGAAUUUAUUUCAUGAAGUAGACGAUGGAAAUUUCACCAAUAGCCAUAGAGGUUUUCUAGAGCACAUAUCAGUACUUGUUUUAAAUAUAUACUAUUUCGGGAAAAAUGUACAUGAAGCUAGUUAAUUGGAAAAUACUAUAAAAAUUGAUCAACUUCACCCCGUUCCAUUGUAUUCCAUACACAUAAUCGAAUGAUUUGCCCAGUGAAUCUUUCAAAAUCGAUUCGACUGUGAUGGAAUUCUAAACUAAAAUAAAAUGCUAAUGACGUACGAGCAAUGAGCACUUAUAAAUUCUGCUUCCUCCAGGAGUGAUCAGAUUUAAUCGCUACAUAUUUGAAUAUAUUUGAAACAAAUGGCCUUCGUAAUUUUAACUGCGCUGUAGCGUGAUGUUCAAUUUCAUUAUUUUGUGUAUUACAAAUAUACUUUUCAACGCCGUUUUUUACGUUAUAAUAUCUUCAGUUAUGCAAAGCAAUCCUGUUUAUAAACAGCACUAGAGCAUGAUGGGAAACAAAAAGUUAUACUGAAAUACAUUAGAAAGUUAUACAUUUCGACAGAUCUCACAAUGGUGUUAAUGAGACAAGACAAAACUCGCACUGUUGACUGAUGACUCUAAUCGCUCAAUUCAAACAGUAUUAUCAGGCUAUUUUGUUGCACGAAUGUCGUGUGAUUGUUUACCGUUUCAAGAACGCGCGUGAUGCAACUACUCUCUCUGUAACAGUCACAAGUGAAACGGCGAACCGCUCUGCAAUCACAGGCGAGAAAAGUCAUGGAACAACGCUCUCACAACGCGUAAGAGAGUGCAACAUCGCUCCGCCGCUGGAUCAUUCACUCGUAGGACGUCUCGGUAGCUAGUCACCUCUAGUUUAUUUUAGUUCGCGGUUUUAUUAGUUUCACAUAGAAAAAAUCCACCACACAGAUCGAACUCACCUGAAACUCCUAAAGACUGAUAGAACCACACCGAGAUGGAUAAACUUUUGCGAAGUUUUAUCAAAUUUCACGGCUAUUGCAUUGCGGUGGUCAGCAGUACACUAACAAUUUCGCUCACUUCCAUCUUCAUCAGUCAGCCGAAUGACAGCAGCAGUUGGGAAGAACUGUACGAUGUGCGGUAUACUAAAAUUCCGGCACUUGUUUUUGGUUUAGCAUGGAUGGCUGCUAAUUCUUUGCUGAUUAUUGGAUUAAUCAAAGAGAAGAAAACAUUUCUUUACCCGUUCGCGGUGUUAUUUUUAUUGGAUAUGGUUCUGAUCCUAAUACGAGACAUCUAUCUGGUUAUCAACAGUGCUUGGUACAGAACAGCAUUUUUCAACUUUAGCCUGCCAAUUUUUAUGUUUAUUAUUCCUUACGUGGUUCUUAGUAUGCUGGCAAUCAUGCGGUUGUUUGAUGUGGAUCCAAUCUCCAGGGCGGAUGACAGCUUUGUGCGGUUCGACCGAAAUUCGGUCGAUAGAGACAGUAUUAUCUGUUGAAAAAGCUCAACAUACCAUCAUGUUUUUUUAGUGCCAUAUGUGUUUGCUGUCCACCAAAGGCAGUUGGAAACUGCUUUGUACUUCAUUUUACUGUACAUAACCAUUAACUAUUUAGUUCCCGGGCCCGCUUUCGAAAGGUUUCAGGAGAAUUUCCAUAGUUUAUUGUAGAACCUUUUUAGCUUGCUGACAUACACUCAUGUCUCCUCAUUAUCGUCAUAGCACUAAUCUUUUCGAUUACUUCGUUUGUUAAAUGCUGAUGUAACAGAAUAAUUGUGUACUAAAGACAGAAAAUUUGCUUAAUUCAUUUAAAUUUUGUUGUGCACAGCGUAGAGAUUGUAGAUAAAUGUAAAAAUAUAAACUGUCAAACCCUGAAAA